AUGCAUCACAAUUGGUUGUGUCGAAGGAUACUUUUCGGACUGAAAGCAUUCUUUCUUGGCGCCUUUAUCCUUGGCCAAGUCAGCGGGCCAAUCAGCACUGAAUUUGUGAAGCAGUCAACGACCACCUAUUUCGGUGGCUUCGAUGAGUUCAGCUCGCCAUUUGCCGAGCUGGCACUGGAGGCUAGCCAAUGCAUCACCAAGGAGGACUGUGGCGAGUGCAUCAGAGCCAGUCCCACCUGUGCCUGGUGUUCAGCACCUGGUAACAUGACAUCUCGCUGUGACACCGUCUUCAAUCUCCAACAACGAGGAUGUCCCUCACCGAGCCUUCACUCGCCCACCUCCAAUAUGAACUUGGAUCAGGACGAAGAGCUGUCGAAUAAGACCAGAGAGUAUGAAGACCCCGUCCAGUUGAGACCUCAACGAAUUUCAGUCAACUUGCGACCUAAGCAUCCAGUGCCCGUUAAGGUUACCUUCAGACAGGCUCUUGAUUACCCAGUGGAUCUGUACUACCUGAUGGACUUGUCCAAAUCAAUGGAGGACGAUAAAGCAAAACUGGCUGAACUUGGAAACAUUUUGGCGGAGAAAAUGAAGAAGCUGACCAGCAACUUUCGCCUGGGAUUUGGCUCUUUUGUUGACAAGGUUGUCAUGCCCUACGUGAGCACAGUGCCAGAAAAGUUGCGAGAACCCUGCACCGGAUGUGCUGCUCCGUAUGGUUUUAAAAACCACAUGAAGCUGGACACCGAUUCGAAUGAGUUUGUUCGCAAGGUUGCUGACACUCAAAUUUCGGGCAAUUUAGAUGCCCCUGAGGGUGGUUUUGAUGCAAUCAUGCAAGCUAUUGUUUGCAAGAAUGAUAUUGGAUGGAGAGAAAAGUCACGAAAGUUGCUUGUUUUCUCCACUGAUGCUGGCUUUCACUACGCAGGCGAUGGAAAAUUGGGUGGCAUUGUUAAGCCCAAUGAUGGUCACUGCCAUCUUGAUAAAGACGGCGUCUACACAGAAAGCAUUUCGCAAGAUUACCCUUCAAUCAGUCAAAUCAACCGAAAAGUUCAGGAACACCAUGUGAACAUAAUCUUUGCCGUCACGGAAGGACAGUUUCACAUUUACAACCAACUGACUGGUGACUCGAACAACAGCCUGUCUUUGAUUGAGGGCUCCUCUGCUGGCAAACUAGAAAGUGACUCUUCUAACGUUGUACAACUGAUUGAAGACGAGUACAAAAAGAUCACCUCUGCCAUUGAGCUGAAGGAUAACGCCACCAGUGAUGUCAGUAUCACCUACACCUCGUCUUGUCUUGGAAAUCGAAAGGAACAAACUAAUGUUUGCAAAGACCUUCGCGUUGGCGACGAGGUCGUCUUUGACUUGAAGAUUCAACUGGAAUCUUGUCCGUCUAAUCGCAACGAAUGGAACCAGACUAUCAAAAUCUACCCGAUCGGCCUUAAGGACGCCCUGUACAUCGAUCUGUACAUGAUCUGCGAUUGCGAAUGCGAGCGUGACUGGAACAGCAUUGAAAGUAGCCCUGGUUGUAAUUUUAAGGGCACUGAACAAUGUGGCAUUUGCAAAUGCAACCCUGGUUUUGAAGGCGAACGAUGCGAAUGCGACAGCAAAGAUCUUGACAAAGUGGAAAUGAUCGAUCGGUGUCGCAAAGGCAACGACACUAAGCUCUGUUCGGGUCGCGGUACUUGCCGAUGCGGCGUCUGUGAGUGCUACCCUCGAGAUGCACCCGAAAAGGUCAGCGGACAGUUCUGUGAGUGCGACAACUUUAGCUGCGACCGAUAUGAUGGAAAAGUGUGCGCUGGCCCUGAGCACGGAACCUGCGAGUGCGGCAACUGUAUCUGCAACGACGGCUGGAGUGGACCUGACUGCAGCUGUAAGGUCAGUCAGGAUGACUGUGUCAAUCCAAAGACGAACAAAAUCUGCUCGGGCCACGGCAAGUGCAGCUGCGGUCAGUGUGUUUGCGAUGCAAAGGAGAACGAGCAGUACACUGGACAGUACUGUGACCAGUGUCCUACCUGUAAGAACCUGUGCGACGUUUACAAGGACUGCGUUCAGUGCCGCAUUCACAAGUCGGGCCCACUGACCAAAGAGGAGUGCGCCAACUGCACCAUUAAUCCCAUUGGCACCACAGAGUUUGAAGUGCUGGAGGGCGAAGAGUUGUGCGUCAUCUGGGACGAGAAUGACUGCAUCUUUAACUUCAAGUACAAGUACGAUGAAACCGAAGAUGCCAUCUUUGUGAUCGCCCAGAACACCAAAGACUGUCCACAGCCUGUAGACGUGCUGGCCAUCGUCAUCGGUGUUAUCGUUGGCAUCGUAAUCAUCGGCAUUGCUUUGCUGCUCAUCUGGAAGCUACUUACGACUAUUCAGGACAGACGAGAGGUGGCCAAGUUUAAUGAAGAACGAAUGAACGCCAAAUGGGAAACGGGAGUGAAUCCAAUCUUUAAGAAGGCCACCACCACAUUCAAGAACCCGACGUACAGCGGAAAAUAG